CCGUGACUCGGGGGUGCCGCGGCUCCUCCCCGGGGUGUCUGGAAGGGAGACGCGUUUCAUCUCCCCCAGCGAGGUCCCCGCGUGUCAGUGCAGGCAGGUACCGAACCUCGUCAAUGUCUGUCAGUCUAGAAAGGGGAGGUGUCCGAGGAUGGGGUCCGGCAAUGCUGGGACCCGAUGCGCAGACAUUCCGCCUCAACAUAAGAACUUUGCUGUGCAGUGACCGAGCCCUGCAGAGAUUGUCCAGAGAGGCUGUGGAGUCUCACUGGAGAUAUUCCAGAGCCAUCUGGACACAAUCCUGUGCUGUGUGCUCUGGGAUCCUACUGGAGCAGGGAGGUUGGACCUGGUGACCCACUGUGGCCCCUUCCAGCCUCACCAUUCUGUGGUUCUGUAAACAAAGCGUGGCUUUGCUACUCCGAGCUGGAUUAUUCAUCUGCAGGAUGAAGCAUAUUUCACAGUCAGGUGGGGAAAUCCUCAGUGGUGGGCUGUGCAGAAAGUUGUGGAAGGUGUUUUACCUGCUCACAGCUGUCAGAAAGAAUUUUGCUGUAAUCCUCUGCUGACCUUAUGUUCAGAUUGGAUGAAGCUCGUGUAAAUAAACAGAAGAAAAACUUCAAGGAGUUACUAUUAGACAGGAAAUAAUUGUGGGAUGUGUGUGUACUGAGUAAGCCCAUCUUAAUAAUUAAAUAGCAAUUGCUUUAGUAGCUCUUCCUUUUUUUUGUAGUUGGGACUCCCAGUGGAAGUAAGAGGUAGGUAGGCUGUACAUACCUACAGAAGAGAUUGUGAUGAAUUACACAAUCACAGAGCUUUUUGUGAAUACACUGACUAUCUUGUAGGUUAAUUAAAAUUAAUACUUUAUCCUUAGAUAAAUUAAUGUGAAACUAGAUUUUUUUUAAAGAUGUAUUUUUGUACAGGAAGUCUUUUUGAUAUUAAAUCAGGAGUAGUCAAUGCACACUGCAGGGACACCAGAAUCAUGGAGGGGCUGUUGCAUUACAUAAAUCCAGCACAUGCCAUUUCCCUGUUGAGCACCCUGAACGAGGAGCGUCUCAAGGGACAGCUGUGUGACGUUGUGCUGAUCGUAGGAGACCAGAAAUUCCGAGCUCAUAAGAAUGUUCUGGCUGCCAGCAGUGAAUAUUUCCAGACUCUGUUCACAAAUAAGGAGAAUGAGUCUCAGUCAGUGUUUCAGCUUGACUUUUGUGAGCCAGAUGCUUUUGAUAAUGUGUUGAACUACAUUUAUUCUUCAUCCUUGUUCAUUGAGAAAGGCAGCCUCGCAGCCGUGCAAGAACUGGGCUACAGCCUUGGAAUAUCUUUUCUUACAAACAUUGUUUCCAAGAGUCCUCAAGCUCCUUUUCCUUCUUGUCCUAUGAAAAAAAUACUCUACCAAGAUGAAGAUGAAAGUAGUUCUCAGAAGAGAAGUGUCAUUGUCUGUCAGAACAGAAUUGAAGCACAAGCAAAAAGCAUAAAUCAAACACAGCACGACUUAAGCCAUACUCCUAAACCUUCACCCUCUGUGGCUGUGAAAGCUGGCAGCAGACCACAGGUAACAAAACCAACUGAAACCCUUCACAACUUAUCACUGACUGAAAGGAGGUGGCUGAAAGAAGGCCCUGUGAGCUAUACAAAGGUUCAUGAAGCUUCUGGAACUGUGGAGGAUCAGAGCAGAGGUGCUUUAGUGAAAAGGAACAUGGUGCUGCCUCAGAUGUCUUUGGUAGAGAAAGAAAUGGCAUGCGGCGAGCCAGGAAGCAGCGCUCAGCUUCUGAGAGGAAAAGUUGCAGAGAUGUCAUUGAAAAGACCACGUCCACCAGUCUUGUCUCUGCGUGGGGCAGCAGAAUCCACGUUUCUGUUGCGAGAGGCAGGAAAAGGAAACGGUCAAGGGGAAGACAGGAAUUUGCUCUACUACUCCAAGUUAGGGCUGGUAAUCCCAUCUAGUGGGUCAGGCCCAGAAAACCAAAGUAUUGACAGAAGUGGGCCCCUUGUAAAAAGUCUCCUUCGAAGGUCACUGUCCAUGGACAGCCAGGUUCCUAUUUAUUCACCUUCUGUUGACCUAAAACCUGCACAGGUAUCCUCGUGCUCCUCACCGGGAACUAACGAUUCCCAGAAGACAUUUAAUGUUGCAUCCCAAAAGUCAUCCUCGAAAGAGUCAUCGGAGAAGUCGGCCUUGGAUGAGAAGCCACAGGCAAUACACCCACAUCGCCUUAGGUCUUUCAGUGCCUCUCAGACAACGGAUCGGGAGGUGGCUUCCCCUCUCUCGGAGGUGAGGAUCAAAACUGAGCCCAGCAGUCCCCUCUCAGACCCUGCUGACAUCAUCCGAGUCACGGUGGGUGAUGCUGCAGCAUCGGCAAACAAAGACUUUGCUUUUAAAACUGAGGAAGAUCGUAAGGAACCGAGCAGACUUCCAGCCAAAAGGAGGUUCCAGGAUGAUAGGAGGCCACCGUUCAAGAAGCUGAAGGCGGAUGAGCAGGGUUCUCCUGGCUCAGAAGAGAACUUUGAGGAAGGCUCGAGCCCCACGCACCUUGAUGCUGAUUUCCCUGAUUCUGAUGUCAGCAAAGAUGAAUACAGCGAGAUGGAAGAAGCAAGACCAAAUAAAAAAUUUAAAUGUAAACACUGCCUUAAAAUUUUCAGAUCAACAGCAGGUCUUCAUCGCCAUGUUAACAUGUAUCACAAUCCAGAGAAGCCCUAUGCUUGUGACAUCUGCCACAAGAGGUUCCACACCAAUUUCAAAGUGUGGACGCACUGCCAGACCCAGCAUGGAAUUGUGAAGAAUCCCUCACCAGCUUCCAGUUCACACGCCCUUUUGGAUGAAAAAUUCCAAAGAAAACUGAUCGAUAUAGUGAGGGAGAGAGAAAUCAAAAAAGCUCUGAUUGUGAAACUGAGACGUGGCAAGCAGAGCUUUCAGGGCCAGUCAGCUUCCCAAGCACAACAAGUCAUCAAAAGGAAUUUAAGGUCGAGAACCAAAGGAGCCUAUAUUUGUACCUACUGUGGGAAAGCUUAUCGUUUCCUCUCCCAGUUCAAACAGCACAUAAAAAUGCACCCUGGGGAGAAACCCAUUGGAGGGAAUAAGGCUCCUAAGCAGAAAGAUCACAUUCAUAUUGAAAACCCCGUGGAAAACAAGGAGGUUUAUCAGUGCCGUCUCUGCAAUGCCAAGCUCUCCUCACUGAUUGAACAGGGAAACCACGAGCGACUCUGUAGGAACGCCACUGUCUGUCCUUACUGCAGCCUUAGGUUUUCUUCUCCAGAGCUGAAGCACGAGCAUGAGAGCAAGUGUGAGUACAAGAAGCUGACUUGCCUUGAGUGCAUGCGCACCUUCAAAUCAUCCUUCAGCAUCUGGCGCCAUCAGGUUGAAGUUCACAAUCAGAACACAAUGGCUCCAUCAGAGAACUUCUCUUUGCCCCUCAUGGAUCACAAUGGAGAGGUGACCAGUUCCUCUCGGCUGCCUCCGCAGUCGGAAUCCAAUAAAAUGAACAAUUUUGUUGCUGCAAAGGAGGACGGCGUGUUCAGUGAUUCGUCAGAACAAAUCAAUUUUGAUUCUGAAGACUCUUCAUGCCUGCCUGAAGACUUAAGUGUUUCCAAGCAGUUUAAAAUCCAGAUCAAAGAAGAGCCUGCAGAUGACAUAGAGGACGAGGUCACCGAAACGGGCAGGGAACCCAAGGACGUAGUCUCCAAGAAAGAUCCCAGUUUGUGGCCCUGUGAGAAGUGUGGGAAGAUUUUCACCUUGCGCAAGCAGCUGGAGCGGCACCAGGAGCUCCUGUGCUCGGUGAAGCCCUUCAUCUGCCACGUGUGCAACAAGGCCUUCCGAACCAAUUUCCGCCUCUGGAGCCACUUCCAGUCUCACAUGUCCCAGGCUGCAGAGGAGUCCACGAAUAAAGAGCCUGAGAUAUGUCCACCAGCCAAUUCCCCAUCACCCCCACCCUUACCCCCACCCCCUCCUCUCCCCAAAAUCCAGCCCCUGGAGCCCGACAGCCCCACGGGCCUGCCGGAGAGCUCGGGCACUGCUGAGAAGCUGUUCGUGCCGCAGGAGUCGGACACGCUCUUCUACCACGCGCCGCCGCUCUCGGCCAUCACCUUCAAGAGACAGUACAUGUGCAAACUCUGCCACAGGACUUUCAAAACAGCUUUCAGCCUCUGGAGCCACGAACAGACACACAAUUAGCUUUAAGAGAGGCCUUGCAGGGCUGGUUUGGGGGGGCUGUGUUCAGGAUCUCAGAGCCCUGCCACAUAGACUACGAAUUUAAGAGGAUCAAAAGGAUGAUGGUGAUGAUGGAAAAUCUGGAAUUUGUGAUGCUGCUUGGAUUUGAAGAUUAGGGAAAAUUAUAACUUGGUUAGUAGGUAGAAAGCAGAGUAAUUUAAAAUAUUGUGGUCUGGGAUCUAAUAGUAAGAGAAUAAAUUUUAUUUUAUUUCAUUUGACACUGAAAUACAAUUGCAUCUGGAUUGUAUGCAUGGAUCUUCAUCCCGUGAUGUUGGUGUGUGCGUGUGUAUUAUAUAUAAAGUUACAUAUUAAAUGAAAGAGAAACAACAAUUUGGAUUCUAACUGUGAGUGUGAAGGUUCUACUUAUGGUAGUGAAAUACUGUAACCAACGUCAUAAUUUGUUUUUCCAAAAGAAACCCACACACACAAGCUCCAUGUAAGUGGUUGCCAUGCACUGGCAGUUUGGGAGGAAGUGGAUGGAGUGUCUUGCUGGAUUGACUUAGGUCUUAGAAACCUUUAGCAAUAACAAAUAAACCUCAAGUUUGAGUAAUCUUGAUGUUAUUGGAUAUGAAUGUUUGCUAUUUUAAGGGAACAUAGAAUUGUUUUGUUGUUGUAUGGAACUUGUGCAAAUUAAAAUAGAAUCUAAAGUCAGCAAUAUUAUUAAGAUUUUAUAUAAGAAGUGGCAGCAAGCCUGCUUUCAGCCAUUUAAUUAUAACUUUCUAAGGAAAAUUGAGAGAGGGGGUACUUUGCUUUAUAUAAUGUCCCAAAGACUAAUUUCCUACAGAUACUUGGGUAGCUGAAGUCAUUGUGUAACAGCCAUCAUAAUGCAAAUGGUACUGUUUAUAACAUGAACUGAGGUUGAAUGGAUGUCAGACCAGUUUCAUAGUUUUGUUUCCACUAUUUGUACAACUGUUUGUAAUUUUAACUACAAAGGAAUGUAUAACUAUUAAAUCAUCAAGAGAGAGCUCGUUAAGGGACAGAAGAUGAGUUGUGUUUCUAAACACAAGUAAUAAGCUCAGCCAUGAAAUACAAAGAUAUGUUUUAACAAAACCUAAAAAUGUAAAUAUUUAUAUAGACACCUGUAUAAAUGAAGAAGUAUGUAUUUGAAAUUUGUAUUAAGCGUACAUAUCCAGCUCAAAGCAGAGGAGAAAAUCACACUACAAUCACUGCAUUUUAUGGAUACAAUGCAUAUAGAGUAGUUCUUUCUGCUGCUUUACUCAUAUGUGACUGUGUUGCAAUUUUCCAAUAUGUUGAAAAUGGUGGUAAUAAUGGGCUGCAGAUAUUCUGUGUGCUUCCAUUAUUUUACCUCAAAUGGCAACUGGAGCAUUUAGUGUAAGUAGGAUCACACAUAUUUACCAGGAGCUAUAGUAAGGGUCCAGUUUUUUCUGUAAGUCAAGGAAAUAUUUAUCCAGAAGUAGGAGGUGAACCAACAGGGAGAAAUUAUUUUGCUAGAAUUUUAACUAGUGGAGGGGUGGUGGGUUGGAGUGAACAUAAAUGAUGCAAACUGUGUUUAUGAUCCUGACCAACGUUCCCCCUGCAGGGCUGGGAGAAGGGGGAUGUGAUUCCAGCCUGCUGAGUCAGAGCCCAGUCUGUGUCCACUGAAAGCAGCAGGAGUUUGGUCACCAUUUCAGGGGGAGCAGGAGUGAGGCUUGAAUUCCCUGUGUAACCAUGUGUGUUGUUUCAGUAUCCCAAGUUCAAAAGCUAAAAUUGCAAGCUGAUGCUGAGAUUCAGCAAAAUCAAGCACAAGUGUAACUCCUAAGAAUCUGAGGAUGGGCACCCUUAGGCGCACACCAGAUUUUUCUCAGUGAAAGCCAAGUGUGCCACCAUUUUUUUUUUCCCAACAGAUAUUCAACUAUUUUUCCUGUAAGUGAAGUUUGAAAGAAUCAGCUCAGGAUGGACCCCUGAUUUUUUUCAGCUACCAGAAAAAAUGCAAUGUUAUUUUCAAGCCUCUUCUGCUUCAUUUUUCUUAUGAUCUAAAAUUGCUACUAGACACCUCUGAAAGUAACAUGUUGUUCUUUUUUGCCUCUUUCAGGCAAACUGUGGCUGAGUUUGAUUAGGCUAAUUUGCUUGAGUAUCAGUUAAACUCUUUCAGUGCAUUGCAGUUGAAACAAGGUACUUGCUUAAUAGUGACAUUUCCAGUUACUGACCUUUUUAUUCCACCUAAUAAAACUAUAAAUUCCUUUCUUACCAGAAACGAUUUCAGAAUAAAAUGGUUAUUGCACUUAAAGCUGGUUUUAAAAAUCAGAAAAACAUAAAGCCUUUCUAAGUACCCUUUAUAUAUGUUUUAAAAAAAUCUGUGUAUUAAAUAUGAACGUGUUUUUGUAGAAUGGUUCCUAAGUUUUCCCCAGUGAUUCUUCUGCACAACAGCCUGAAAGUUGAGCUACAGCCUUUUAAAAUUCAGUGUGCUUUCUGAAGGAAGGUGGCAACCAGCUCAGCUGGGUCACAGCCACCUCACUUCCAGCUGGGAUUCUGCUCUGUGCUAUGGUGAUAAAUUCUACACACUUUAAAUCAAAACCUCGUGCAACAUCUUUGAAGAAACCCUUAACCUUUUCCUAGUGUACUAGAUAUUAUAAAGAAUCCAUUAAAUAUUUUUGGUCUAAGUAGCCUCCUAAGUUUUUCUUCAGUUGCUUUGGUUUUGAGGGGGUUUUUAAAGUUUUGUUUCCCACUUUGAGCGUGUUCUGUGUGACCUUUUUUUUUUUUUUUUUUUUUUUUUUACAUUUGGUUCCUGGUGUUUAGUAAAGGAAUUCAGGAUCUCUAAAAUUUAAAUAUGAGAUGUUUAUAUAGCAGUUCUGGUUUUCUAUUAGCUUUUAUACAGUAUCUUAAAAAGCCCUUGAUAGAAGUGUUUAUUUUGGAGGAUAUGGAAUAAAUAUGCUUCCACUUAUAUAACUUUAAUAUAUGUCUUAAAAUUUAAAUUAUGGGAAAAAAUGUUAGUUGCUUGUUUAUAAAUAAAGGUCUUUUGAAGAGUGUCUAGUUUGGCCACAGCCAAAAUAAAAGGCAAAUUUAUUGAUGCAAAAGCCUGUUUUCAUCAUAUUUUGUUUAAUUUUAUAGCUGUGUAUUGAAGUGACAAAAAGUUAGAGGUCUUGUUAAAUAUAAAAAAGUGUUUUGCUUUUUUUUCUAAAAUUUGUGACAGGAACGUGCAGAUGUUUUAAUAUAUAGAUUAGAAUCUAUAAUUCUGUCCUUUUUUUGCUAUUUUUAUAACCUAUCAGAUAAAUCUCAGAGAACUAUCCUGCUUCAGUGGGAGUGGAAACUAGUGUUGCAUUUCAGGGGAGCAGUGUUGAGCCAUGAAAUGUAUUUUGGUUUGGGACUUUUUUUUCCUUUCAGGCACUGUGUUGGCAAAGCCUCUAAGCCUAUCUUCAGUCCAUUAAGAUCAGUCUUAGUUUUUUUUU